GUGUUCGGAAGAAAACAUACAGAAGUCGUCGACAUAACAAAAGCAAACGGACUCAAACGCAAACAAAAAAACAAUAAGGAAGAGGACAGCAGCAUUCGACAUCACCUGACAAUCCACCUGAUAGAUUCUCAACAGACAUUGACAGUAUGGCCUCGAUCUUUGAGGUCUUUGAUGGUCUACAAAUGAAGAAAGACAUCAGAUAGUGAUAUUGAGAAGUUAGAAUCGCCCAGAAAACAUCUCUAUAGAUAACCAGUGCCCAUCUCCUUUGAAACAGAGGUCUGCGCUAUAUAGACUUCAAUAUUAUUAUUAUUGAUAUUGAUGUCUUAGUAUAUCAAACAGAAAGAGGAGUUGCUUGACGGAGUCCUAUCUACAUCAUGGAUAACAACGUAUUAGACGAAGUGGCCAAUUUUGGCAUGCAUAUACCUCAGAUACAUUUCACUUUGAACAAUCUAGUAUCAUGGGUUGCAUCAGGCUGUAUGAUCUUCGGAGGAAUAGUGCCUUUUGUUCCUCAGUAUAUGGAUAUCAGGAGAACUGAGAAUGUGGACGGUUUCUCCACGUAUGUUUGUCUCACCCUGAUGUUGGCUAACAUUCUGAGAAUAUUAUUCUGGUUUGGUCACCCAUUUGAAAUCCCUUUACUUGCACAGAGCGUCAUUAUGUUAUUUACCAUGAUGACGAUGUUACAUCUAUGCACCAGAGUCAAACGUAUACAAGAAAUCUCCAUUGGUAAACGGCGCUUCAUAGAAAUGAAAUGCACUGAUACAGCAAACCACAAGCACCAAAUAACUGACAUGCACAACAACUAUUGCGAUAAGGCAACCUUGUCUCAGAUGAAACCAUUUUUAUUGAUGAAGACUCUUUUCGAUUUUGAAACCAAACACUUUUGGAACUGGACGUACUUUGUGGAUUACGUUUUGUUUAUUUCUGCUUUCUCCAUCUUGGGUGGAGUGAUAACGUAUCUACUCGCUGGUCAAUCCAUCUUCGUGGAAACCUUGGGCUUUCUUGCUGUAUUUGUGGAAGCGAUGUUGGGAAUGCCGCAGUUUUAUAGAAACUACCAGAACAAAUCAACCGUAGGAAUGAGUGUGAAGAUGGUUUGUUGCUGGUUCUCAGGAGACGUCUUCAAGACUGGUUACUUUGUCGUUAACAGCGCGCCGGCUCAGUUCUGGCUCUGUGGAAUCCUUCAAGUCACUAUAGAUAUCGCUAUCCUCGGACAAGUCUUCUACUACUCUAAAAAUAGAUCUCCACAAAAGGUCAUCAAAAUCGCAGCAACGGAGAAUGUUCAUAUUUCGUGAUGGAUGUAUUAUAUAAAGCUAUCAGAUAAAUCCAAAUAUGUAUGUAAAUUUGGUUAGAAUAUCAGGGUGCUUCUGCUUUUUACCAAUAAGCCAGAUGCGAGUAAGAUUUGAAUGAUGUCUGGUACAAUGACUUGCUUAGUUAAGAUGUACCGCUUAC